CCAUGGGGUACCAACGUCUGAGAGUGAGUGCUUCAUGUACUUUGAUGCAUUCAGGUGACGGCAGUGUACUCUGCAGGUGGUGCGUUCAAAAACAAAGCUGCGUCCAUUAAGCGAAAAACACUGGAAAGCGCAACCUCCAUUAGUGAAAAGACCUUACGUCAAUUCUGAACUAUGGAGCGCUCAAAACAGUGUCACGAUAAUGAAGCGGACAGUAAACCGACUACGAACGAAAGUUUUAUUAAUGGACACUUGGUAAAAAAAGACAACCAGAUCUUGGUAGGCCUAGCUCAAGGGACGGGGACGGCCGGUGAGUCGAGUUCGCACACAGGGUCCUCGGUGGUAGAGGGCUGGAAGCAUGAGCGCACCCGAAGUAUGGAAGACAACGAGAUCAACUUGCCUUGUCUUGCGGCUGCCUACACCACUAUUCUCCGGGGGCUCGGGGAGGACCCGCAAAGACAGGGACUUCUAAAAACUCCGUGGAGAGCCGCGACUGCCAUGCAGUUCUUCACCAAGGGCUACCAGGAGAAAAUCAUAGACGUGCUGAAUGACGCAAUCUUUGACGAGGACCACGACGAGAUGGUGAUCGUAAAGGACAUUGACAUGUUCUCCAUGUGUGAGCACCACCUGGUGCCCAUCUUUGGAAGGGUCCAUAUAGGCUACCUCCCCAAUAAGAGGGUGCUGGGCCUCAGCAAGCUGGCCAGGAUUGUUGAAAUCUACAGCCGUCGACUGCAAGUUCAAGAGCGGUUGACCAAACAAAUUGCUGUGGCGAUCACUGAAUCUCUGCAGCCUGCCGGGGUGGGCGUCGUCAUUGAGGCAACUCACAUGUGCAUGGUGAUGAGGGGGGUGCAGAAGAUGAACAGCAAGACUGUGACCAGCACCAUGCUGGGGGUGUUCCGGGAGGACCCCAAGACACGGGACGAGUUCCUCACCCUCAUCAGGAGCUGAGAGGGACGACCGGCCCACAAACCUGCUGCACAGCCCAACUCGGAUCCACUCUCCCUGUCGCCUGGUUGGAGCAGCAGCCGGCACACAGCAAUUUCUGUACAAAGCCUAGAGUCCGGGCUUGGUGGGUGUGUGUGCGUUGUGUGUGUGUGUUUUAUUCCUCCACCCCCUUCCAAAUCAUCACAUGGUCACAUGACAUAGCCGUGUAUGUAUUACUUCAUGCUGUCUGCCAGGUGGCAGGCUUAACCUAAAAAACACUAAUCAUUGAGCCAGUGUUUUUAUGGUUGCUUUAAUUUGGUCCUUUAUUUUUUUAUUUACUUUUAAUAAGAUUGAACUACCAAUUACAGUAAAGAUACUUACACCUACAUUAGGAACAUCCUAAUAUUAAAAACAAUUUAUCAAUCUUG